AUGCUUGUUGACCAACGGAGCAAUAUAACUGAUCUCUUCUGUGACCCUUUUCCGGGCACUUCCUGGUUACUUCCUCCGGAUUUUCCAUUGAUGGAUCAGUUAGAUAGCUUCAACAGGGAACAUGAGCGUUGUUACGGAACAAUGUUGAAGAAUCAUGCCAUCAACUCCACUAAAAUCCCUUCACACCUUUACAUUCAUCUCUUUAGUGGUUACAGAGAUCAUGAUAAGAUGUUCUUCUGCGAAGCAGAUCAAACUCUCAUUGGGAAAGUCCCUUGGUUGGUCGUUAAGUCCAACCUUUACUUUGUUCCAUCUCUAUGGUUGAUCUCUAGUUUUCAAACCGAGCUCAUCAAGUUAUUCCCGCAGAAAGACACCGUCUUCCACAACCUAGCUCGGUAUCUUCUUCACCCGACAAACCAAGUUUGGGGUAUGGUCACUAGAUCCUACAACGCUUACUUAGCCAGAGCAGACGAGAGACUUGGAAUUCAAGUAAGGGUUUUUAGCAGACGCGCCGAGUACUCUGACAACUUAAAGAACAUGUUUUGGGAACGACCGAGUUCGACAGGAGAGAUCAUCGAAGUUUAUCAGCCAAGUGGAGAAAGGGUUCAACAAACCGAUAAAAAGCUUCAUAACCAAAAGGCGCUCGCGGAGAUGUACCUCUUAAGUCUGACUGAUAAACUUGUCACAAGUGCAUGGUCUACAUUUGGAUACAUAGCUCAAGGUCUAGGAGGAAUAAAGCCAUGGAUACUCUACAAGCCUGAAAACUACACAACUCCUGAUCCGCCAUGUGUUAGGGCCAUGUCGAUGGAGCCUUGUUUCCUUAGAGCUCCACUCUAUGGUUGUGAAGACAAGACUGCUACUGACACAGGGAAAAUCGUCCCUUUCGUAAGGCACUGUGAGGAUUGGAUCCCAGGGCUUAAGCUAGUUGAUGCUCCAGAUAAUAACCAGCUUCUUGAUGCUACUCCCAGCGUUUCAAAGGAAUCUGGAAAAACGGUGGACAAACUGGUAGGAGGGCUUCUUGCUAUAGGGUUUGAUGAAGAUUCUUGUCUGAGUAGGUAUCAGUCUUCCUUGUAUCGCAAGCCUUCACCAUACAAGCCUUCUCAAUAUCUCAUCUCUAAGCUUAGAAGCUAUGAGAUGCUUCACAAGCGUUGCGGUCCAGGCACAGAUGCUUACAAGAAAGCAACAAAGAAUCUUGGUCACGGCGAUGAGGAUCAUGCACGCACAUCUACUGAUGAAUCAUGCCAAUACAUUGUGUGUGUGCCACUGCGUGGGCUUGGAAACAGAGUACUUGGCCUGACUUCUCUGUUUCUUUAUGCUCUCUUGACGGAGAGAGUCAUGCUUGUUGACCAACGCAAGGAUAUUAGUGAUCUCUUCUGUGAGCCUUUUCCUGGUUCUUCUUGGUUGCUUCCACUUGAUUUUCCAUUGACGGAUCAGUUAGAUAGCUUCAACCUGAAACACUCACGUUGUUACGGAACAAUGUUGAGGAAUCAUGAUAUUAACUCUUCUACAAUCCCAUCGCACCUUUAUCUUCAUCUUCUCCAUGAUGGUGGGGAUUAUACUAAGAUUUUCUUCUGCGAGAAAGAUCAAUCUGUCAUCAGGAAAGUCCCUUGGCUGGUCGUCAAAUCCAACCUCUACUUUAUUCCAUCUCUAUGGUUGAUCCCUAGUUUCCAAACCGAACUCAUCAAGCUGUUCCCACAGAAAGAUACUGUCUUCCACCAUUUGAGUCGGUAUCUUCUUCACCCUACAAACCAAGUUUGGGGAAUGGUCACUAGGUCCUACAACACUUACUUAGCCAGAGCAGACGAGAGACUUGGCAUUCAAGUUAGGGUUUAUAGCAGACCCGCUGGAUAUCUCCAACACGUUAUGGACCAGAUCGUAGCGUGCACCCAAAGAGAGAAACUCUUGCCUGAAAUAGCAGCUGCACAAGAAGAAGAAUCACAACCAAGUGGAGAUAGGUUUCAGCAGGUAGACGAGAAGAUUCACGAGCAAAAGGCGCUCGCUGAGAUAUUCUUGUUAAGCCUAACUGAUAAACUUGUGACAACCGCAUGGUCUACCUUUGGAUACGUAGCACAAGGUCUUGGAGGAUUAAAGCCAUGGAUACUCUACAAGCCAGAGUACUACAACACAGAUACUGAUCCACCAUGCGUUCGGGACUUUUCCAUGGAGCCUUGUUUCCUCAAACCAACGCUCUAUGGCUGUGAAGCAAAGACAGAGAUAACUGUCCCUUUUGUAAGGCAUUGUGAAGAUCGAACUUGGGGGGUUAAACUUGUUGAUUCCCAAGAUUAA